CCUGUGUGUGUGCUCGUCAUCUCGCACUCAGGGAAGGGAAAAUAGGAAAACUGUCGGGGAGGAAGAGCAGUCAACACGCCGAGGAACAUACCUAUUAUCUAUUCUAGAUUGGUCCUAAAAGAGUACACAGUCAAGGGGGGCUAAGCUAGUCACUUUCAGCGUUAGUUUACCCAUGUGUGUGUAAUCUAGGUAAAGCUAUUUGCUGAAUAGGGGAAAUUCGACUUCACUACUCGGUCGUGCAGUGGGCUAAGAACGCCCAGAAUUGGAGUUGCAACAGCAGCAGUUGGAAAUCUGAGUCUGUUUCGAUAGGCCUGGAUCCCUGUUCAAACAACGUCUGGGGACUUGCAUGAAAACAACAAAAGAACCACCCGAAAUUGUGUGAAUGGAGCAGUGUGAGAGUGCAGCCUCUCUCCUGGCCUCCGUGCGGGAGCAGGAGCGUCAGUUUGAGCGUCUGACUCGCGCUCUGGAGGAGGAGAGGAGGUGCGGAGGCACCCUCCCACGCCCUCCCCCCAAUCUACAGAAUGGGCGUGUUGCUUGUGAUGCGGACAUAGAGAGGCUCACACUGAACGAGGGAUACGUCAACGGGACACAUUACAGGAUGGAGCCUGGUCAAGUCGUCCAGGAGACGGUUACCGUGGAGGAGGACCCGCACGAGGUGCCCCCCGUCAUCUCUGUGGAAACCAGCGAAGAUGGCACCACGCGCCGCACAGAAACUACGGUAAAGAAGGUAGUGAAGACUACCAUGACUCGUACAGUCAUCCCCUCUGUGUCUGACAACCUCUCCCUGGAUGGAGGGGGGUCUAUGACAGGUGUAGGGGGUUACACCACCCCCAUGGAGCGGGUCUACAGACAGCCAGGUCCUCCCAUGGACUACCCCACCAACACCGUGCCCCGAAACUACCACUACGGACCCCCGGGAGGGUACGAGGACUACCGCCAGGGCCCUCCCUCCAUAGGGGAGACCUAUGCCAGCCUGAGCAGGGGAGCACGCAUGGACGACCGCUACAGGCCAGCUGAUGGGUACCGGACCCUGGACUCAGGAUACAGAGCCAUCAGCAGGAACCAGCUGGACCCAUACGCAGCACAGCCACAGGUGGGUCGUAUGGGCAGUGCGUUGGAGCUGUCUGGGAUGCCGAGGUUUGUCCCAGAGCCGUACGGUCUGGAGGAUGACCAGAGGAGUCUGGGGUAUGACGAGGCAGACUACGGCAUGGGACCGGCCAUCCACUACGGAACAGUACCACGCAACCAACAAGCCUUCAACCACGGACCGCCCCGCAGGACAGGGAGCUAUGAAGGGACUCUGGACGGAGACAUGAGUGGAGCAGGGGACAUGUACUACUGGGGAGGUGCACCCCUGGCCCAGGGAGAGAGGGGUAGCAUGGCCUCCUUGGACAGCACCCUGAGGAAAGGCCCCGCCACUUCCUGGAGACAGCCUGAGCUGCCGGAGGUCAUCGCCAUGCUCAACUACAGACUGGACCCCGUCAAGAGCAACGCUGCCGCAUACCUGCAGCACCUCACCUUUAAGAAUGACAAGGUGAAGACAGAUGUCCGUCGUAUGAAAGGUAUCCCAUCCCUGGUGUCCAUGUUAGACAACCCUAAGAAGGAGGUCCACCACGCUGCCUGCGGAGCGCUCAAAAACAUCUCUUACGGACGAGACCCUGACAAUAAGAUCGCCAUCAAGAACUGUGAUGGAGUACCGGCCCUGGUCAGACUGCUGAGGAAGACCAGAGACCAGGACCUGACCGAUACUAUCACAGGCACGCUGUGGAACUUGUCGUCUCACGACUCAGUGAAGAUGGAGAUCGUUGACCACGCCCUGCACGCCCUCUCAGACGAGGUGAUGGUAGCUCACUCGGGCUGGGAGAGAGGGAACGAGGCAGGAGGAGAGGAGAACCUCAAACCACGACACCUGGAGUGGGAGACGUCCCUCACCAACACAGCUGGCUGCCUGAGGAACGUGAGCUCAGAGCGCAGUGAGGCCAGGAGGAAGCUGAGAGAGUGCACAGGAUUGGUCGACUCGCUCAUGUACAUUGUCCAAUCACAGAUCAACCUGAAAGACGUGGACAACAAGGUGUGCACGCACACACUGCUGUUUUAUCUUGUGAUCCUGAACUUUGAUUGUGUCCGCAUGUAUUUUAAUCCUGUUCUCCUUUUCCUUCGUCUUAUCCCCCCCCCUCUCUCUCUCUCCCUCCCUCCCU